AUGCAGCUCACCAAGACUCUCAUCACCCUCGCCAUGGGCUUGACCGUUGCGUCAGCUCUUGCUCUGCCUGCGGCUGACGGCCUCGAGGUUCGCGCCGACAAGAAGGGCGGCAACAACAAGGCGAACAACUGCGCGAACGCCAAGAAGUUGGCUGCUGGCAUCGACGACAACAUCAAGAUCCAGAAGCAGGAGCAGUCCAAUGUUGCCGACAUCGAGAAGAUUGUCAACUCCAACAACGUUGACCAGAAGAAGUUCGACGCGGCGAAGAAGACUCUUCUCACCACCAUCGAUGACGGUAUUAAGAUCCGUGAGGCCAACCAGAAGCUCGCCGAUGGUAACGGUGCCAAGGAUGGUCUGGCAACUGUUGCCAAGGCCCAGGCUCAGGAGAAGAGCCAAGCUCAAGGCUUGAAGGGAACUAAGGCAGACCUGGAUACCAUCGCGACCAUGAAGAAGGAGUUCGCCGGUGGUAUUGAGCAGAACCAGAAGAACAAGGAGGCCGCCACCAAGGGAUGUUAA